UUUCUUUGUUGUCGUGGAGAUGGAGGUGGAGGACAUCUUUGAAUCCUCUCUGAAUCUGGAAGAAGCGCACUUCAAGGAAGGAUAUUCGGAGGCCUACGAACACGGCCUAGUCGCCGGCAGAGAGGAGGGCCAACAGGUGGGCUUGAAGGUGGGUUUCGAGACCGGGGAGGAGCUCGGCUUUUACGAUGGUUGCAUCCACGUCUGGAACUCGGCGAUUCAAGUCGACCCGACUCGAUUCUCGGAUCGAGUACAGAAGACGAUCAGGCAGAUGGAGGAGUUGGUGAAGAAAUACCCGGUUAUGGACCCAGAGAACGAGAGCGUUCAACAACUGAUGGAGGGCUUGAGGCUCAAGUUUAGGGCGGUUUCUGCGACUUUGGGUGUGAAAUUGGAGUAUAUUGGAUGCCCCAAAACAGCACCGGAUUCCGGAUUCUAAGGAGAGAUGAGUUUUGAGGGUUCUUUUAUCCCCCUCUAUUUCUCUGUAAUGUAAUUUAUUUUUUCUUUUUUUCUUUUUUUUUUUUACAAAUAAUAGUUGAAUAGUAUUUGCUCUA